AUGGGAGGCGCGACAGAUUUCAACCUCCCACCCCCGGCAAACAACGACCACUACCUGAGCGUCGCUGAAGUCACAGAAUUUGUAGGCAAGGCUACUCAGAAGUACAGCUCCAUCACUCGAUACAGCACCAUGGUGGAAGAUGUUCAAAACCUCCCGCAGGGCGGCGUGAGGCUACUUUUACUUUGGGAGAAUGCUGAAGGAACGGACACUUGGUAUGAAGAGGAUUUCGACCAUGUCAUUGUCGCCACGGGCCACAACAGCGUCCCUCGAGUCCCCAAGAUUCCCGGCCUCGGGGCCUGGAGGGGAGGCCUGCAACAUUCUUCGACAUGGCGGUCGGGAGAGGAGUUCAAGGAGAAGAACAUCCUGGUGAUCGGUACCAGCGAGAGCGCCAUCGAUCUCGUUCUUGAGUCUCUGCCUCAUGUCAAGGGCGAUAUUCAUGUGAGUCAGAGGACGCCGCACCCCCGGUAUCCCAACGUGUUUGAUCGGCCUUGCGUCAAGGUCGUGACCACGAUCGACCAUUUCACCGAAGACGCGAUUCAUCUGCAUGACGGGUCUGUCUUGCGAGGCAUCGACGUGGUAGUCUUUGCGACGGGAUACUUCUACACCUACCCCUUCCUCUCGAAUGUCCGCCCGCCCGUAGGUCCCGGUGGCCACCGCGUGCCUGGCCUAUAUCAGCACAUAUUCGACGUGCAUAACCCCAACACCAUCGCGUUCGUCGGCGUGGUCAACGCGUCCUUGACGUGGCUGACCUGGGAGAAGUCCGCCUUUUUGGUCGCCCUCAGAGAUGUUCAAGAGGCAUGGGAGGCAGACAGACUCGCUGAAAAGGGGGAGGUUAUGUUCCAUAUCCUGGACCUGCCUUAUGAACGCGUUCUCUUCUUCGAUGAGCUGAACGAACUAGCUGCCGAAUACCUACAGCAGGAGUCAGCCGAUGAGACACUUCUGCGGGGAUUCCCAUUUGAAUUCAUCCUGGCUUUGAUUGCCAGUCGGCCAACGAAGCUGAGGAAGUACGGCUUGUUGAAGGAUGUUGGUGGUCGAGGCGUCAUUGGCCCUGCGAUCCCGGGUAACCACAGCCGCAUAGUGAGACUCCAAGUCACACGAUUUUGA